UUUUUUUUGAGUGUGGUGAUUAAAAAUAAAAAAUUAUUGUACAAUUAUUAUUUAAAAUCAAAAAAAAGUGACAACAAUAAUUUCUCUGUCAAUAUGACUAAAGCGGAAAUGGAAUAUUAAAUUAAUUGAAAAGCAAAAAAAUUGAUGACAUGAAAGAUUUUCAAAUUAUUGUUUAAUUUAUAAAAAUUAUUUGAAUUAUACUAGAAUGAUUAUGUACAAAUCUAGAACAGAUUCGUAUUUGAGAUGGGAAAAUUUAAAAAUUUUACAAGAAUGCAGAAAAAUUAUAAAAAUUAUAAAAAAGUCAAAUUAAAAUCCAAAGCAUAUUAUGCCUCCUAUGUGUUAAGUGUACUUUUAAUAUUAUUUAUAAAUAUAAGUUUAGCUAAUGCCAAUCGUCCGCCUCGAUUUGUAAUUAGAGGCCAAACCGAAAUUGUAUUAAGAUUAAAAGAAUCACCUGAAACUCCAGUAGGAACACUUAUCUAUCACGUUAGAGGAUAUGAUCCUGACAAUGAUGUUUUAACAUUUGGUGUGAAACCUUCACAAGACAGUGAUGUUAUUAAAAUUGAAAAUUCAGGAAAAAAUGAAGCAAAUAUUUAUUUAGCCAAGGAAUUAGAUCGAGAGACCAAAGAUGAAUAUUCAAUUGUUUUAACAUUAACCGAUAAUCAUUUUGGUGAAGAUAAUUAUGUAACGCAAAGUUUUUUAUUACUAGUCGAAGAUAUUAAUGACAACGAACCAAUAUUUCGUCCAUAUCAGACAGCUGUUGAAAUUCCAGAAAAUAGUCCAACUGGUAUAAUAACUGCAUUAGAAGCAACUGAUCGAGAUGAAGGUGCCUAUGGACAAGUAGUUUAUUAUUUGCAAGAACUUGACGGAGAUAAUGAAAUAUUUUCGAUUGCAACUUAUCAAGGAAAGGGAAUUUUACGUCUAGUUGGAAAUUUGGAUUAUGAACGAAAAAGUCUUUAUCAACUUCGUAUUUUAGCAAUUGAUAGAGCAAAUCAAGGUCGAGUUAAUACAGGUACUGCAGCAAUUCUAGUCAAAGUUAAAGAUAUUGAAGAUCAACCGCCAGAAUUCAUUCAUACACAAUCAGUAGCUAGAAUAUCAGAAGAUGCUGCACCUGGAACAAAAGUAUUGCAAGUUAAAGCAAUCGAUGGGGAUCGAGGUGUUAAUAAUAAAAUUAAAUAUUCAAUCGAAAAAAAUAAUAUUUUCAACAUCGAAGAAGAUACUGGUGUCAUAUUUACCACAACGAAUUUAGAUCGUGAAAAUGAUCAAGUAUUUAAUGGAGCUUAUAUUUUAAAAGUAUUAGCGGUAGAAGUUACAAAACAGAGUCCACCGCCAUAUGUUCGUACCGAAAUUACAAUUAUAAUAACCGAUAUCAACGAUGAGAAACCUACUUUCAAAGAAAGUACUUAUAGUUGUGAAAUCAAUGAAAACGCACAAUUAAAUUCACCUGUACAUUUUUUAAAUAAUGCCAAAAACGAAGUUUUUGAUCAUGAUGUUGGCAAUAAUGGAACUUUUAGAUUAUUUAUAGAUCCUGACAACGAUAUUUUUAAAAUAACACCAGAACUAGCUGUUAAUGAAGCUAGUUUUUUAAUAACCGUUAAGAAUCCCGAUUUAUUAGAUUAUGAAAAUGUAAAUGAAUUGAAUUUUACAAUUGUUGCUGAAGAACUUGCUCCAGAACGAAAAUGGAGUACAGCUGAAAUUCAACUUUUUAUUAGAGAUUUAAAUGAUAAUUUUCCGGAAUUUUUGGGAGCACCAUAUGAAAUCUCCAUUUUGGAAAAUAUAGAACCAGGCACUGCAAUAGCACAAAUACGAGCAAUUGAUAAGGACUCUGGUGAUUAUGGAACAACUGGAAUUAGAUUUACUCAUCUGAGAGGGGGAAUAUCUCAUUUACUCAAUUUGGAUCCAAUCACCGGAUUAAUAUCAAUUCAGGCAAAUGAUGGUAAUGCCUUCGAUAGGGAAAUGAAUUUGCGACAUUAUUUAACAAUAGAAGCCCGGGAUAAUUUGGGUCGUGGAAAUCAAAAUACUGCACAGUUAAUAAUUAACAUUGAAGAUGUUAACGAUAAUGUUCCAACCUUUUUUCAACAAAAAUACGAAGCUAAAUUACUUGAAAAUAAUUUAAAUUUUGAAAUUCCAUUAUAUCUUGAAGCUAGAGAUAAUGAUUUGAAUGGAACAGAAAAUAGUGAUAUAACGUUUGAAAUAGUUGGUGGCUUACUCACAAAGAAUUUUACAAUUGAUCCCAAAACAGGACAACUUAAACCGAAAACUCCCAUUGAUUUUGAAGAUUUACAAUUAGGAUAUGACAAUAUUCAAGCUAUAAAUUUGACAGUAAGGGCUAGAGAUUCAGGAAUGCCAAUUUUAUGGUCUGAUAUUAAUGUUACGAUAUACAUUCAAGACAUAAAUGAUAAUACACCAAUAUUUGAAAAAAAUUAUUAUUCUAAAGUAAUUCCUGAAGAUUUGCCAGCUGGUAGUUCUAUUUUAGCAAUUAAUGCUUUAGAUAGGGAUGGAUCAAAACCAAAUAAUCUGAUUGUUUACAGAAUACAAUCAGGAGCAGCAGAUAAAUUUAUAAUUAAUGCUGAUACAGGAGUAAUUUAUACAGCAGAUGGUGCCAAUUUAGAUCCAGAUUUCACAAGUCCAAGAAAGGUUUCAUAUUCAUUGGUUGUCGUAGCUUUAGAUGGUGGACUUGGAGAUUCUCAGCUAAGUUCUACAACAUUCGUUAAUAUUACAAUCAAAGAUGUUAAUAAUAAAAUUCCGGUUUUCACUGAAUUUCUAACCCUCAAAAUAAAGGAAAACACCCCGGUUGGUACUGUUGUUUACAGAAUAAUUGCCACAGAUUUAGAUGAAUCACCGAUACUAAGAUAUCGAAUUAAUAAAAAAAAUUCUGAAGCUCGAACUGAUGAAGGGAUUUUUGUAAAAUUAAGUGAAUAUGAUUUUGUUAGUGCUUUUGAAUUAAAUUCUGUUACGGGACUGCUUAAGGUUGCAAAACUGAUCGACAGAGAAAAAGUUGAACAAAUUAAAUUAGCAAUUGUUGUAGAAGAUUUAGCUUCAGCUACGGGACCACAACUAAGAGAAUCUUUGCUUACAAUACAAAUAGAAGACGAAAAUGACAAUAACCCCAAAUUCAAAUUACCAUUUUAUAAGAGAUCAGUACCAGAAAAUAGCAUGAAUGGAGUAACGAUUGGGAAUGUUGUUGCGUUUGAUCUUGAUAAAAAUCGCACUAUCACAUAUUUCUUAGAAGGUGAUCCUCGAGUGACAGGCUUAUUACAUUUAGAUCCAGAAACUGGUGAAGUUGUUGUAGCAAAUAAGAUAGACCAUGAAGAACAUCAAUGGCUUAAUUUUACUGUGAGGGCUACAGAUUCUGGAUACCCGCCAAGAUCAUCUUUAGUUGACGUUUUUGUUUCUGUUUUAGAUGAAAACGACAAUAAUCCUUAUUUCAUUACAACAACAAAAAAUUUUACUAUUCUUGAAAAUUCUCCAAUUGGCACUAGAAUAGCUACAAUUCAAGCAGCAGAUUCUGAUUCUGGUGAUUACGGUAAAAUAACUUUUCUCAUGGAUCGUAUUAGUUCGCAAGGAAAAUUUACAAUUGAUGCCGAUACUGGAGUUUUGACUACUGCCGACAAAAUUGAUAGAGAAACAAAAGAUUUUUAUGUUCUUGUUGUAGAAGCUUGGGAUAACUAUCAAUUUGGUUAUGCAGCUGGAGAAAGUCGAAAUACUUUCAAACAAAUAUUUGUUAACGUCUUAGAUGAGAAUGAUUCUCCACCGGAGCUUUCGUUACCAAUAGGUUGUGUUCAAAUUACAGAAUACCAUGAUACCAAAGAAGUAAUUGCGACCAUAAGAGGUAAAGAUGCAGACGAUCCCCAAUUAUUGAAUGGCAGAAUUGAAAUGACUAUAAUAAAAGGAAACGAAGAAAGUAUAAGUUUUUCACAAACUAUCAAAAAAUAUGUAGUUAAAAUUUUUUUCUUUCAAUUUUUUCCAGGCCUAUUUCAAUUAACUCAAUCUGAUGCAUGGACGGGUCAAUUAUACGCAAGAAAAUCUUUAAAGAAUAAAUAUGGUAAUCAUUCUCUUACAAUAUCGGCAAGAGAUUUGGGAACUCCAUCUAAUGUCGUAAAGAAAUCACUAGACAUUUGUGUUUCUGAUUUCAAUGAUCAUCCACCAGUAUUUAUUUCUCCAGCACAAAAUACUACGAUUCGUGUACCAGAGAAUGCUACAAUUGGAUCGUUAAUAAUACAAGUUUAUGCAACAGACGAAGAUGUUGGAUUAAAUGCGCUUGUUAGAUAUAAAUUAAAAUCCGAUCCUUUAGGAAAUUAUAGAAGUUUUGAAAUUGAUUCCGAAACAGGAAUGCUAUUUUUAAAGGAAAAGCUAGAUCGAAUGAAACAAAAAAUUUAUGAGAUAAGAAUUGAAGCAUAUGAUCAAGGUGUGCCGACAUCACUAAGUUCUGAUUUAGAUCUUGCCAUAUAUGUUAGAAAUGUUAAUGACUAUGAGCCACAAUUUCUUGUCGAACAAAUAUCAGUAAAUUUUACAGAGCACACAGAACCUGGCUAUGAAAAAAUAAAAUUACCAGAUACAAUAGAACGAGAUGAAAUCGAUGAUUUAGAUGACCCUCCAAGUACAGUUUGUUAUUUUAUAAUACAAGGAAAUGAAGAAAAUUUAUUCGCUUUGGACCAAGAGACCCACAUUUUAUCAGUUGUUAAAGAGUUGGAUAGAGAAGUGAAAUCAAAUCAUACUUUAUAUAUUAAAGCUACUGAAAGUUGUUCAAGUCCAACUGGUAAUCAGCAAGAAGAACUAUUAUUACGAGAAGAAUCAAAAAAUUCUAAAGAGGCUGUGGAAAUAUUUCCACUUCGUUUGUCAACAAAUUACCGGAAAAUAAAUUCAAAUCGAUUCCAUAACUAUUUCAAUAGAUAUAAACAAUCACGGAAGCUUCGAAGUUUAUUAGAAAAUAGCAACGUUUCAUUACCUUUAACAAUGACGGAUGAAAGUUUAAUGUCUGAUGGAACUGUUGUCAGAGUUUUUAUUAAAGUGCUUGACAUAAACGAUAAUCAACCAAGAUUUAUAUCAAAAAUUUUUACUGGCGGAUUCACUACUACAGCCGAUUUUGGAACAAAAUUUAUGAAAGUUGAAGCUUAUGAUGCAGAUGAUAUUCCAAAUGCUUUAUUAAAUUAUUACCAAGUUGGAGAAAUUCGACAAACACUUACCGAAGGCUUAGAAAAUGUUGAAAAUACACCAUUUUUAGUCGAUCAAAUAACUGGAGACAUUCAAUUAAAUUUUGAUCCCCAAAAGGGUAUGAAAGGUUACUUUGAUUUUAUGGUUUUAGUCAAUGAUACUGGUGGUUUAAAGGAUACCGCUCACGUGUUCAUUUAUUUACUAAGAGAUGAUCAAAAAGUAAAAUUUGUUUUUAGACAGCAUCCACAAUUUUUGAGAAAUAAAAUUCAUAGAUUUAGAGAUGCUUUAAGUAACGUUAGUGGAGCUAUAGUAAACAUAGAUGAAUUUAAGGUGCAUGAAAAUAAGGAUGGUUCUGUUGAUAAAACAAAGACUGAUUUAUAUAUGCACUUAGUUGAUAAGGAGGAUAAUUCGAUUUAUGAAGUGGAUGAUGUUCUAAAUUUAAUAGAUAAAAAUGUAGAAAAACUUGACGAUCUAUUCAAAGAAUUUAAUGUUCUUGAUACACAAGCUGCUGAAACUGAAUUAUUAGUUGCAAGUAUUAGUAAAGGACCAAUGUAUAUAUGGCUAAUAUUUUCAAAUAUAUUUAUUGCCACUUUCUUAGUUAUUGUACUUAUUUUAUGUGCUUCACAAAGGAGGAGUUACAAGAGGCAACUAAGAGCUGCUAAAGUUAAUAUAUAUAAUCAAACAUCAUAUGAAACAGCACCGCGUGAAUCAAAUACUAGAGUACCAAACACAAAUAAACAUAGUAUUGAAGGAUCAAAUCCAAUUUGGUUAAAGGGUUAUGAAAAUGAAUGGUUUAAAAAUGAUGAUGAUCAAUAUAAAAAUUCUGAUUCUUUUGAUGAAAAUAUACUUGCAGCUGCUAUUACAUUAAAACCGCCAAAAAUGUUUGAUGGUACAAAUGAUUUGAAUCGAACUUCAAAUUCUUAUAACCAAAUUAAUAAAUUAACAAAUAAUGCUCAAAUGUUAAUUAAAAGAUUAGAGACAACAGAAUUAUAGCAGUGAAAGUAACAGGUGUAUUUUUAAUAACCAGGAAUGUUUAUAAUUUAUAUUAAUGAAUAGAACAAAUGUUAGAUGUAUAUGUAACAAGAUUAUAUUAUUUAAUUAGCUUUAAUUUUAAUUAUACUUUUGAUAAUAAAUUUAUUUAAAUUUAAUUUGAUUGUAGGAAAUUUAGUAUAAAUUCAUUGUGCUUUUGCAAGAUAGUAACAUAAUGUAAGCUUAUAACAAUUAUUACGGCAAUGUUAAAUAAUUGAUGUUAAACAAUUGACGAAGCUUGUGCUGAAGUAUGCAACUGUAAUGGCAUUUGCAGUUGCAUAUUUUUAAAUUUGCUUAUUUUAGGACAAUCAAAAUUUUGGUCAUUUAUAAAAUAAUUUGAUAAUUUUCGUAUUAUAGCUAUUCAACACUCAAUAUUCGACAUAUACAUGUAUCUAAAAUUUGAUUAGAAUUAUUAAACAAAUUGAAAAAGACUAUCAUUGUAUAUUAUAUACGUAUGUACAAUAAAUAAUUUUGAGCUUACUUUUAGAACCCUAAAAUUUGUAAUGAAAAAUUGAAUAAAUUCUUUAAUAUUCUGGAUUUUAAUACAUUAACCACGGAUCAAAUCAAUGGCUUGUGUAAAGUAACGCUUUUUCCUUGAAUAAGUGAAAAUUUUUAUUUAAAACAAUAGACAGAUCUUCAAUUGAUUGUUAUCACUAAUUAACCAAACAUUAUUUUAUGCUUUAAAAAACUAUUGCAUAGUUUUAGGGGAAUCAGUAGCAAAUUAAGAGUAACAAUUAAAAGUAUUACACUAACGCUUAUAAAAAUCGAAUUUCAUAAGAAUUUACAAGACAUUUAAUUUUAUUUAAUUGUAAUUCGAAAUUUUUAGCUAAAAUUUAAAUUUUGUUAAUUUGAAUGGACCAUCACAUGAGGUUGCAGGAAAAUGGAAAAGAAAUGCUUUCAUUCUCAACGUUUAGAACAUGAUAAAGUUUUAUAGCACUAUGGCUUGGCGUCUAUUUGUUUUUCAAAAUUCAAAAAACAAAUAGUUUUUGCGACGAUAAUUUCAUCCACCCAUUUUGCCACUGUGUUAAUGAUAUUGUAUGAUAUUUUUAGAAUUUGAAGAAGUUGCUACUUUUAGAAGAGGGGAGAUAGACGUAAAUAUUCGUUUAUAUAGUGAAAUACGUUUCUAUUGAAUAUCUAUGUUUGUAUAUGAAAUUUCAAUUCUGCAUCAUUGUCUAACACAAUUGUAUAUAAGCUUGUGUUUGAGAAAAAUUAACACUGAAUAUGUUAUAUGCAAUUUUCGCAUUAAAAGUUAAAUAAAUCACCAAUCUCUUCUUAAAAUCUCUUAGUUACGUAAUUUUAGUUAUACUACCGCGAAGGAACGACAUAAGCAGUAAAAUUUUCGACAAAGAUCGUGUAAAAGUAGAUAUUUUAGUCAGAAAACGUACUGUUCAAUUACUGUUCAACUCUUUAAUUGUAUUGAAUUU